AUGACUGCUGGUUUCUUAAUUUGGAUGGUUCAGAUAUCUAGUGUGUCGGAUUAUGACCUUGGUGGCGCAGGGGAUCUUUUCAAAGCGCCACAACCAAUAUUAGAACCCCCGGUUCUAACCCUUGAUCACAUGACAUCUUCCAUGUUUAAAGAAGAUCUCAUUUCACAAGAAGUCGAGUUUACAAAUGUCGAAUCACCUCAAAAUGAGACCUCCAUCACCAAUAUUUUUCAAGAGUUUGAAGAUAUCUUGUCAAACGAACCAUCAUCACCUUCACAGAUUAUGAAUUCUAAUGGUAUCAUUACGGAAGAAAAUUUGCAUCCAUUGGGAAAAAUUACAAAAAGUGUUAGCUCUUAUUGUUUAACCUCUAUGGACGACGGUCCUCAAACUAGACCAAAUUCUGUGACUGAUACCAAAAUGAAGGGUCAUGGGCUGCGAAGGGCGUUUAGUGAAGGAUGCAUUAAGGCACAACUUAUAAAUGAUCACUUAACAGAAACCCGGAUGCAAAAACUCUCAAGAUACAGGGAGAAGAAGAUGAAGCGGAACUUCAAAAGAAAAGUCAAGUACGCUUGUAGGAAAGCACUGGCAGAUAAUCAACCAAGGAUCGGAGGAAGGUUUGCCAAGAAAGAAGAAACCAACGUGUUUAAGAAAGCAUAA